ACUGAGUGUCGGGUCGUUUGUGAUUUAACCCCGCGAACCAGGAAGUAGAAGCUGCUCGAGUCUCGGUCCCAUCAUCUACACCAGCUUCUCUCAGGGAAACACAAAGUAUUGUUAGCUCUUCUAUAGCAAUAAACUUGGACACAUUAUCGGCAGGCUUCUUGAGCUGAUUUACACACACACACACACAUACGCACACACACACACAAACACAGACACAGAGUUGCUAUGGCGUUAAAAAGAAUACAGAAGGUAAGAAGUGGAUAUCAUGGAGGAAUUUGACAGUCAAAACAGAUACGAGGGAGCUUCAAGAUUUGCAAAGGGACCCUCCUGCACAGUGCUCAGCUGGACCUGUUGGAGACGACUUGUUUCACUGGCAGGCAACAAUAAUGGGACCUACUGAUAGUCCAUACCAAGGAGGGGUCUUCUUCCUUACGAUCCACUUUCCCACAGACUAUCCCUUCAAGCCUCCAAAGGUAGCAUUUACAACAAAAAUUUAUCACCCAAACAUAAACAGUAAUGGAAGUAUUUGCUUGGACAUCUUGAGGUCACAGUGGUCCCCGGCACUAACAGUUUCAAAAGUUCUGUUGUCCAUAUGCUCCUUGCUCUGUGACCCAAACCCUGAUGACCCUUUAGUUCCAGACAUAGCACACAUCUACAAAUCAGACAAAGAAAAAUACAACAGACUAGCAAGAGAAUGGACCCAAAAGUAUGCAAUGUGAAGACUUAAUGGACAUUUUUUAAGUCACAGAUCACUGUCAAUUCUAGUAUCUAAAAAAAAAAAGUACUGAGGUUAUAUUAUUAAACACAUCGUAUUGAUAACAUUGAUCAUCUGCAAUGAACAGUAAGAAUAGCUGAACUAGUAUUUCAGACGGGAGCGUUUUCUUUGCACAAAACAAUAAUGAAGCGGUUAUACACUUUGUGCAGUUGCUCCCACCCAUCCCCCAUUAACAAACCCCCCCCUUCAGGUGGUGUUGGGCACUUUGCAUUUUCUCUAUCAUAUUCUAUAUCAUAUUUAAGAUUGGCAUGGCACUGUACAGCUGCAGUUACCCCAAGAGAGGGAAAUUAAGAACCUGUUUUUCUCAUUCAAUCAAGUCCAUUUUCUUUAAAUAUUUUUAUUGUAUAGUUUCAAUGCAACUAUACUUGAUUUUUUUUUUUUCAUUAAAAUUUGUUUUAAAAUGACGUGUCUCUGUUUAUGCUUCUCGUAACUUUUUAUACUGUACAGUAUAUCACCUUGACGAUGGAAAGCGGCUGGACCUGAGUGAAUCUUUCAGGUGGUCCCCAAUUCUAUUGUUCCUUUUAACAUUUCUAAACAUGAAUCACAUCAGAUCAACAUGUCUACAGUCCUACUGACUUGAUUCCACAAGCCUCUGAUGACUGAUCGAAUAAACGUCACUUGAACUAGAUGUGUUUUAAAGCAGUAAUGUUGCACAAGAUUUCCAUUUAAUUCACACGUUACGUAAACUAGUGUUCCUGUCUCACAGCUCCAGAAUACCCUGCUUCGAUCCUUAGCUCGGGUUUCUGUCCGUGUGGAGUUUCACAUGUUCACUAAAAACAUCCUUGGAAGUGAAUAAAUUACACCUAGAUGUGAAUAUGGUUGUGCUUUGCGAUAGACUGGCUUUCCAUCCAGGGUGUAUUUCCUCCUCAUACCCAGUGUUCCCAAAAUAGACUCUGAAUCCACAAUCUUUUACUCAAGAUAAAUAAUAUCUUCAUAUGAGUGCAUAAUCAAGGGGAAUUUAAUAUGUUUGUACCUUAAGUAGUAUCAUAGUUUACCACUAAUUAAGUAUGAUGAUACCCAAAACACUGCACUAUCUGAAUUAACAUCUAGAUGUGUGUAAUACUUAGCCUCCCAAAUAUUUUGUUCAUCUUCUCUUACUCACAUGGAAUGUCAAGGAAAUAUAUAUAAAAAACAAAGUCACCAUGUCUGUACAUGUCUUCCCACAGGAAGUCACAUAGCAUUUUGUUGUUCUCUACUUUGGACUGUUUGUAAACCAGAUAAUAACCUGCAAUCAUCAUUAACUGAUAAGAGAUAUUUUCCAUUGCAGUCGCUUCCUCAGUUACUUGCACAUUUGAGGUAAUUUGUCUAUAGUGGCUUAAAAUAUAAUGCCUGCAUGACCAUGGUGCCACACACUACAUGGGUCAAAACACUGUGUAGGCUCCAUAAACAGCACUAUAUAAAGUGCAAAUAAUAUGACAGGUUUGACUGAAGAUGAGUGCAACAAAUUACAGUCCUGAAAAAAAGAAAAUGAGAACUUGUGACCUCAAACUAUAGAUACAAGUACUCCAUUGCUUUUUUGGUCAAUUUUUUUUUGGAGCAUAUUAAAGCUUUUGAAAUCCUGUAUACAGUAUGACAUGUAUGGCCAUCUUUUGAAGAAAAAAAAAAACAUUUAAGAAUUGUUAGUAGAUAUUACAGAAUACCAUGAUCUUGAGUUGGAUGUUUGUUUGUUAGACUCAAAUUCGAGUCAAGAUAACCUAAUGACAUCGAUAUUCUUACUUUCUUUUUAUUCUUAACUAGUACUAGUAGGUCACUUCCUUUGGAUAAAACUCCUUGCAGUGAUCAUAAAUUGUAUUGCCACAUCUAUGAUUGUAUCAACUCCCUCCUUCUUUUAAAAGUCAUUUCCUUUUAGAUUUUGUGUUGAGUCAGAUUAUAUUGCGGAUGUACAGUAUGUACUUGUAUGUAAAAGCAUGCCUGAAUGUGAGUGUCCUUAAUGAGAUUUUAGUGAAUGAAAGAAUAGUGAAUUGAAGCAACAACAAAUUAAGUAUCUGUCAGUUGUACACUAUUAAUACAGAAAGCUAGUCAAAC